AGUGGAUAUAACUAUGGACACAGCAGUAGUGGCAGUGGAUAUAGCGACGGACACAAUAGUGGCAGUGGAUAUAACUAUGGACACAGCAGCAGUGGCAGUGGAUACUACGGUAAUGGACACAGCUCAUCCGGGUCAUCGUCUUCCUUCUCGUCUGGACCAGUCCCACACGUCAACUACAAGUUGUCCCAACCUAGUAUCAUCCACGUGACGUCACGGCUGCCUCGGACAACGCCACUGGGACGAAGGAUGACGUCUGCCGAGAGGUUCCUUGUUCUGACGACUGCGAGCUGGCUCAUCACCAGACGCCUAAGGCGUACCAGCGACUACUUGGGUUAUCGAUGAGUGACGCGGCCUGCACGCGCUCUGUGGUCAACUGGCAGGAUGACGAAUGGCCAGUGACGACGGCUCUACAACUGACAGCAACACUUGCUUCCCCCGACUGUCAGCGCCGGUUCGAAUCCUGUCGAGCAGAGUCUGCGAGUGGAAGUAUCAGCAGCUAUUGCCAGUUGGUGAAGGAGAAGAAAUCUUGCAUUGUGGGAGGAAACAGUACGUGUUCUGAAGACGACUGGAGCAACUUUAAAGACUCGGCAUGUAACGGACACAGUGGGCCAGCCUCUCUCAGCAUUGUCACAUUAGCCCUGCUGCUCAUGCUAUCUGCUUUUGUGCUCAACUUUGUUUAACAGCGAAAGAUCUUGUCAGUAUGUUAUCGUUUUAGCGCCGAUAAAAUAGCUGCUUGCACGGUAUGCUUCUCAGAAAACGUAAUUCUAUCAGAUCUGCUUGGGCAAUUAUACAGACAAUGAUAAUCAUAAUGUCACUUAUAAUACGAGGGAGGUUCAAUAAGUCUUACUUGGUCAGGGUAUGAAGGAAUCAUGGUAGAGUCAUGAAAUUUCGCCAGCCUUUAGACAAUUUCUUCAGAACACAUCAUGCAAAUUUUUGUGAAAAUUCGACAAUAAUAAGACACUAGUCAGCGUGUUCAAUGAACCCAUGCACAAAAUCGUUCGUUUUUCUUUUUUUUCUGAAGCUAUGCCUAGGAGUCUGUUGAAUAUCGCUCGGUUAUCAAGUUUUUACAGAUGCAAGGAAAAUCCCCUUCAGACAAUUUUCAACAAACGGUCCAAGUUUAUUGUGACAAAUAUCCUCGUUAUGAUACUGUGGCAUACUAGGUAAGAAGAUCCAAAUCUAGAGUCAUGUCGGUGAUAAAUGGAGAUCGUGAAGGUCUUUGUGG